UCAACGUGCUCGCUAUUCAAGUCAUGGACUGCAGCGAGCGGGGGAACCAUUAGGAGCCGGUGGCACACACACACACACACACACACACACACACACACAGACACAAAAACGCGCUUUAUUUGCAACACACGGAUGAUGCUACUGCUGAUGCUGCUGCCACACCACCAGCACCCGGAUCGGACACACUCUCUCUCUGACAAGCGGAAUUAUUACUAAUAGCUUUGUGCGCUUAUGUAAUCAAUACACCGGAUUGCUUUUUUGGGGGGGUUGGAAGAAAAAAAACACAGCAUCCCGUGGAUCCUUCCUUCUCCAUUCUAUACUUGAUUUAGAAAACAGUGUAUUGCCAUAUGCUCUGCGAUUUUUUAUUUUUUUUUUGUAGAGCAGCCCAUCCAUGGCAACCCAUUUGUCCUGAUGCGACGCGUGUGAUGGUUGCAGUGGGACGGAUAUCCUUAAUUCUAUCCAAUAGGCGUUCUCAGGGUGUUUUUUUUUUUUUUUUGGUGGUAUAGGACGCUUCUGCACCCCCUUUCUGCUCUGACCUUACCAAUGCUUUACAUAGGUAAUUAAUUGUCAUGUCUGUUUACACUGGUUAUUUGGAGUGAAUGAAGGAAAAAAACACAGCUUGAAAUCCAAAAGAUCCACUUUGGUUGUAUUUUUUUUUUUUAAUUUGUUGGAUUUGAUUUUUCCCAAAAGGAAACCACCGGUGGGAGUCAUUUUUUUUUUUUGGACUGUGACUGUUUUUUUUUUUUUGGGGGGGGGGGGAGAAAGAAGGAGGCCUAUACACAGACUUGAUCCCCCCAUCCAAAAACUCUGCAGGAUUUCCUCCUCCUCCAGUCCGGAGGGAUCUCUUCAGGUCCAGUGGGGGGGUUAUACUGCUGGGUCCCUCUGAAGGGGGGCUUUUUCAUCACAUCAUCCGAGGGGGGUAAUGGUGGCCGGCGCACACCACCACCACCACAUCAUCCUCCACGCAACUCUUCCUGAAUGUUUGGCAUUUUUCGCAGGCGAGCAUCUUGACUUGUGAUCGAGAGAGACGCGCGGACUGCAGCAGCAGCAGCAGCACCUCCGAUCCUCCGAUCCUCCGAUCCUCUUCUCUUUCACAUGGAGAUCUGCGCCUCGCUCGUCCUGCUGCAAAAAAUCUUGAAAACGGGGACCACCGGGGCCCUGCUGGUUUCUCCUCCAACCUCGAUUUCAUUUAUUCGAGAAAAUGCAGAACACAAACAGCGGAUGAACUAUGAAUGCUGAACACAAUGAUCUCCUCCCUCCAGCGCCAGACAAUGAGAGGUCGUAGGCUGAAGGGGGCGCUGUCCAACCCCCUCUUUGUGCUGCUUUUGGCCCUCCAGAUCCUGGUGGUGGCUGGGCUGGUUCGCGCUCAGACCUGUCCUUCCGUCUGCUCAUGCAGUAACCAGUUCAGCAAAGUCAUAUGCACCCGCCGCAGUCUACGGGACGUCCCAGAUGGCAUUUCCACCAACACUCGCUACCUGAACCUCCAGGACAACCUCAUCCAGGUCAUCAAGGUGGACAGUUUCAAACACCUGCGCCAUCUGGAGAUCCUGCAGCUGAGCAAAAACCACAUCCGCAGCAUUGAAAUCGGCGCCUUCAAUGGACUGGCCAGUCUCAACACUUUGGAGCUCUUUGAUAAUCGGCUCACGACAAUCCCCAAUGGAGCAUUUGAGUACCUGUCCAAGCUGAAAGAAUUGUGGUUGCGGAACAACCCCAUCGAAAGUAUACCAUCUUAUGCCUUCAACCGGGUCCCCUCACUUCGAAGGCUGGAUCUAGGUGAGCUCAAACGCCUCUCCUACAUUUCUGACGGAGCCUUCAAGGACUUGAGCAACCUGCGCUACCUGAACCUGGGGAUGUGCAACCUCAAGGAGAUCCCCAACAUCUUACCUUUGGUCAGGCUUGAAGAGCUAGAAAUGUCAGGAAACCAGCUCUCCGUUGUCAAGCCCAGCUCGUUUUUAGGAUUGGUGAACCUCCAGAAGCUGUGGAUGAUGCACGCCCAGAUUCAAACAAUCGAGAGGAAUUCCUUUGAUGACCUUCAGUCACUGGUGGAGCUCAACCUGGCUCACAACAACCUUACCUUUCUACCACAUGACCUCUUCACACCGUUGCAUCGCCUGGAGCGGGUCCACCUCCAUCACAACCCUUGGAACUGCAACUGUGAUAUCUUGUGGCUCAGCUGGUGGCUGAAGGAGACGGUCCCCGCCAAUACGAGCUGCUGCGCCCGUUGCCAUUCUCCUGCAGUCUUUAAAGGUCGCUACAUUGGGGAAUUGGACCACAGCUACUUCCAGUGUGAUGUUCCCGUCAUUGUGGAGCCACCCAGUGACUUGAAUGUGACAGAAGGCAUGGCUGCGGAGCUUAAAUGUCGUACGAGCUCGCUGACAUCCAUCAGCUGGCUCACACCAAACGGCUCGUUGGUGACACACGGGGCUUAUAAGGUGCGUUUGGCUGUACUCAAUGACGGGACACUGAACUUUACUAGCGUCACAAUGCAGGACACUGGGACUUACACCUGUAUGGUGAGCAACACAGCAGGCAACAUUUCUGCCUCUGCUGUGCUUAAUGUCACUUCUGUGGAAAACAGCGGGGUGACCUAUUUUACCACAGUCACCGUGGAGACCAUUGAGACCCCGGGGGAUGAUAGCCAAACGCCACUUCCCCCAUUUGGCUGGGUGUCCUCCUCUACAACAAAAGGUACUCCUGUUUCAACAAGGACCACAGAGCGGACUUACACAAUUCCGGUCCUUGAUCUGGACGGAGAGGGAGCCCUCAAUGGCCUGGAUGAGGUGAUGAAAACCACCAAGAUUAUAAUUGGCUGCUUCGUGGCCAUCACGCUCAUGGCUGCAGUUCUGCUGGUUAUUUUCUACAAGAUGAGGAAGCAGCAUAACCAGCAGGACCCUGACGGCCCUGCCUCCUCCAUGGAGGUCAUUACAGUCGAAGAAGAGCUCGCAGGUGUCGCCGCCAUGGAGAGACACCUAUCGCUGCCCCCUCUGGAGCACUACAACCACUACAACACCUACAAGAACACGUACCACCACGCUCCCAUGCUCAGUACCAUACACAGCUCAGCCACACAGGAACCUUUACUGAUUCAAGCCUGCUCAAAAGACAAUGUACAAGAGACCCAAAUCUGAUCUUUGAAUUUGACAUCCAGUAUCAGCAGUUUCAUACUUGGGAGUACAAAUGGACCAAAACGUGAAGAUAAAAGAAGUCAAAAUGACAUUGACUUGACAGAGUUGAUGUCGAUAAUGGCGAUGAAUCAGCAUUUGGCAAAAGGGACGACAUAUGAUACUUUAACAAGUGUCUUUACAAAAACAAAGAUUAUUUAUUAAAAGUAUGUCUAGUGGCUAAAUGAAGAAAAACAUUUUGUGAUAGCUUUUUAGCUCAUUUUAUUUCUCUCUCUCUCUCUCUCUCUGUGUAAUACUGCACAAGGGAAAGAAUGGUUUACAAAAAAAGUGAAUAUGGAAUGUAUUAAAUGCACCUCAUUUGAAACCACUGUAGAAAUUGGCCUUAAACUAAAAGAAAUGCAUUGAUUUAAUAUUUUGAUUUCACCUGAUAAUAAUAUGUUUUGUUGAAGGGCACUGCUUUAGUAUUCAUGAGCAUUUAUUUGCAAGUCAUUCAGCAUACCGUGUCCAAUUCGGCGGAGGUUUGUGAGAGACGAAACCUAAAAUGGGGUUAUUUCCAUUGCCAUCGUAUUCUCGCUGUCACUCAAACCCAAAUGAGAUCUUUUAAUGACGCAGCUCUGGAUGAUAUCACAGUGAAGCCAGCAUGCCUGAGGAGCAGAGCAGCCAAAUUAGUAACCGUGCAUUUCCCCCGUGGCUCCUAAACAACAGCCAUACAUCCUUCACUUUAAUUAAGAUUAGGUUUCUUGCUCCCACUCCUCCUCCUACCUUAUUCUUUACACUUCAACCUUUACUUAUUCUCUCCUUCAACUCCUCCGUCUGAGUUCUCCAUCUUCCCUGUCUACUCCCUCUCUGCUCUCUCCUUUCCCCCGUGUCCUCUUGCUUCUUUGAUUGUCUCUCUGUCACCUAGCUCAGUCACGUUCCUCACCCCUCGCCACGUCUCAUUUGUCUCGCUUUAUCCGUCGGCAUGUGCGGCACGACGGCGGAAUAUUGCUCGGGAAAAUGAAGGGGAGCAUAAGGCUGCAGUCUGUAGCCUCCCUGUUAACCCAGUAAUGAUCUACGUCCACUCAGUGUCGCGUUACCUUGCCAUCACCCCAGGGUCACACGUGCUCGGGCGCUGAUAGUCCAUCUGUUAUACAGAUAAAGAGGCAAAUGAGGCUGCUUUGUAAUGUAGUGUGACCCUGUCAGACUAACGCAGACGGGGCUAACAUACUCAGUGAAGCAGUUAGGAACCUGCAACAAAAUAAGGGGAGAUGGGUUAUAGCUCAUUAAUCUGUAUCAGCAGUUCAUUUGCAGACGAACCGAGGAAAAGCUGAUAACAAAACAGCGUGAGACUUUUCCACUCUCCCUGUGCCCAACAUCUAACGGGGGGUAGAGGCCUUUGAUAUUGAAGCAACCCCUGCUCAGUCUCAUUUUUGUCAGGGAAAAAACGCACGCAC